AUUACGUCAAUGUUGUUUUUCUGGCUGUACCUACCUAGCCACAGUAACGUUAGCUAGAUAAUUUAUUAGUUAGUCAGAAAGGCGUAACUUUGUGUAACUGUAGCUUUUUGAUAGCAAAUAAUCACCAUAUACCGUGCAGAUGGCAGACCCUGCGGUGAUGGCGGGUGGAUUCAGUGCUGUAGUAGGGCGUUCAGGGGGUGGUAAGGCGACGUCCAGUCCGGCAGAGAACUACCAGCUUGCCCGGCGUCGCACCCUCCAGGUGGUGGUGAGCUCGCUGCUGACAGAGUGUGGGUUCGAAAGCGCAGAGAAGGCGGCCGUGGAAUCACUCACUGAGAUGAUCCAGAGCUACAUAUCUGAAGUGGGACGUUGUGCCAAGGCGUACUGUGAACACACAGCCAGAAUCACGCCCACCCUUUCUGACACUGUGGUCACACUCAUUGAAAUGGGUUUCAAUGUAAACACUUUGCCAGUGUAUGCCAAGAGAUCACAGAGGAUGGUUAUAACUGCCCCUCCAGUAACGAAUGCUCCUGUGAUCCCGAAGGCCUUGAUCGCUGGACAGAAACGCACUCAUCCCUCCCACAUACCCAGCCACUUCCCUGAGUUCCCUGAUCCCCACACCUACAUCAAAACUCCAACGUUUCGGGAGCCUGUGUCAGAUUACCAGGUGGUGCGAGAGAAGGCAGCCUCUCAGAGGAGAGACGUGGAGCGAGCUCUCACACGCUUCAUGGCCAAGACCGGAGAAACACAGAGCCUUUUCAAGGAUGACAUCACUGCCUUUCCUUUGAUCGCAGCGCGGCCCAGCUCCAUCCCGUAUCUCAGUGCCCUACUGCCUUCAGAACUGGAGCUGCAGACUUUGGAGGAGACGGACUCCUCUGAACAGGAUGAUCAGACCGACAGCGAGAACAUGCCAGGCAACAACCUCAAUGAUGAUCCUGGAGCUGAUAAGGAGAAUUCCAUGCUGCCCCCUGGGGGUGUGGUUCCCUCAGUGAAGGCCAGUGAAGAAAACAUGAUUGACAAUCCAUACCUGAGGCCGGUCAAGAAACCCAAAGUGAGGAGGAAGAAGUGAACGUUUACUACACUUCGCUACUAAUUCUGACUUCUAUCUUGUAAGAAGCAGUCAACAGUUCUGUGCCUCUGUGAGAAGUGGACCGACGUGGACAUCUGGACCCACGUGGACAUCUGGAGUGAGGGACUCUCACCUGAACUUUCUACAGGGCAAAUACUGCUCAAUAUGACUUUCUUCACUAAUUACAUUCAUGAGAAAACAAACAUUUUGCUAUUCAUUUUUUUUUUUUUCAAAUUUGUGGAGUAGUUCUGUCGUGAAAGAAAAUGUGUAACAUUUCCAAAUUAUGAGUUCAGUCAUUGAUAAAUAAUGAGUAGGAAAUCAAUUUUUUGAUGACACAUUUUAGCCAAUCACCAAAUACACAUGAGGACAAAAGUCCGGCAACUUUAUUGUCUACUUUGUAUACCUGGAGAAAAUGGCGAAUAUCUAUAUUAAAGAGGAUAUAUAAAAACA